CGCUUUGACAAUAGAACUCCCGCCGCAGAUCGAUCCACCCGGAGACUCCCUUCACACACUCGCCAACAUCGAACUCGAAUACUUAAUAUCCCCGCCCAUCUAACCUCCUUCGAAAUACUCCAACACAAUGGCCACGUCGAGUGGACUUCCUCCAGAGCAGCAGUUCGCCCAGGUGCUCGCUGCACUGGGGACCAUGCAGGGCAACCAAGACAGACAAGCAAAACACCAAGCGACGGAGUUUUUAGAACAGUUUCAGAAAUCGCCAGAGGCAUGGACUUUCGGUCAUGCCGUGUUGCAGUCGGAGUCUAUCGGGGUUGAGGCGAAAUUGUUCGCGGCUAGCACGCUGAAGGGGAAGAUUACCUACGACUUGCACCAGCUCCCGCGAGAAUCGCUGUUUUCGUUGCGGGAUUCUUUGAUUAGCCUUCUCGUCCACUACCGUACCGGUGCUCGGCCCAUACGAACUCAGCUAUGUGUCUGUCUUGCGGGGUUGUCCCUCCAGAUGCUGGAGUGGAGAGAUGUGAUCGACCUUGUGGUUCAGGCGCUGGGUACGGAUGCGCAGAGCUCGGUCGUUCUAUUGGAGUUUUUGACGGUUCUCCCGGAGGAGGUGAUGGAGGGCAGGAAGAUUACCUUAUCGGAGGAUGAACUAUCGCACAGGACACAGGAGCUAUUGACAGAUAAUGCUUCGAGGGUUUUGCAGCUUCUUGUUCAAUACGCACAGGUCACAGGUAUCGACAAACCAACGCCGGCCCUGAUCACUUGUUUGAACUCGUGGCUCCGGGAGAUCAACUGCGCAGAUGUGGUCAAGACCCCUCUCGUCGACUCAGUAUUCCAUGCUCUUCGCGCCGAUACCGCAUUCGAUGAGGCAGUCGACUGUGCGUGCACUAUGUUCCGCGAAACCAGAGAAGUGGAUGAGUCGAUGGAGGUAAUCGAGGCGCUAUACCCCCGUCUCAUCGCCCUCAAGCCAAAGGUCGCCGAGGCCGUGGAGGCCGAAGAUAUCGAUGUCUACAAGGGGAUCACCAGGUUAUUCGCGGAGGCUGGUGAGGCAUGGGUGGUUCUGAUUGCUCGAAUGCCGGCACAGUUCCGUCCGCUGGUUGAGGUGAUCGAGGACUGUGCUCGGAAGGAUACCGGACGUGAUGUCAUUUCUUUGACAUUUAACUUUUGGUACGACCUCAAGAACUACCUCGUUCUGGAACAUUACAUGGAGGCCCGCAUCCACUAUGCCGACCUUUUCUCCCGGCUUGUGGACAUCAUGAUCGCUCACCUCCAGUAUCCGAAUGGCGGCAGCGAGGAUCUUUUUGAGGGUGACCGAGAGCACGAAGAGAAGUUCCGGGAGUUCAGGCACGCCAUGGGAGACGUCUUGAAGGACUGUUGCGAAGUGAUCGGAUCCGCGGAUUGCCUCACCAAGGCGUUCGAGAUCGUCAAAGCUUGGAUGGAGAACUACUCGAAACAGAGUCCGGAAGACCGUGCUAAAUGUCAUAACUGGCAGAAGCUGGAGGCCCCUCUUUUCAGUCUGAGGGCAAUGGGAAGGAUGGUACCCGCGGAGGAGGAGGUUAUUCUGCCACAGAUUAUGAGCCUGUUGAUACAGCUUCCCGAGCACGAGAAAGUCCGGUUCGCCGCUACACUGGUCCUUGGUCGGUACACGGAAUGGACGGCUAAGCACCCCGAAUACCUUGAGCCGCAAAUGAACUACAUCAUUAACGGCUUCCAGCAUGGAUCGAAGGACGUUGCACAGGCUGCUGCUAUGGCCUUGAAAUUCUUCUGCCAGGAUUGUGGAAAGUUGCUUGUUGGCAUGAUCACUCAACUGCAUGAAUUCUACGAGAGAGUGGCGCCCAACUUGCCGCUCAGCAGUCUAUACGAGAUUACGGACGGUGUCGCGCACGUGGUGGCCUCGCAACCGCUGGAGAAGGUUUACGAUGCGUUGAUGCUGUUCUGCUCGCCCAUUGCAAACCGACUAAUGGCCAAGGCUAAUGCCGCUUCCGACAACGACAAUGAUAAGAAAUGCAAAUUGGCCGAUGAGAUCCAGCUUCUUACUAUUUUUGUCCAGGUCGUGCACCCACACGUUCCGAAGGGCCAGGAGAACCCCAUGAUCCGCUUCUGGCAGAGCAUCGUCCCCGUCCUGUCUACCAUCCUUGACGGUUUCGUCGAUUUCCUACCAAUUUGCGAGCAAGUCGGUCGGUUCUUUAGGAGUAUGUUGAUUAGCUACCGCACGGCCAUGCUCCCGCUGCUGCCGGAGGUUGCUCUUAAAUUGACUACCAGCUUUGAGAAGAGCCACCAGGGUAUCUUCUUGUGGGUUUCUGGAACCGUCAUUCGGGAAUUUGGUGACGAAGAGUUCACGGAUGAGGCUACGAGAAACUCGAUCUGCCAGUUCUUGGAGGCUCAGUGCUUGAGCAUGUUCCGACUGUUGAACAACACUCCGGCUAAGGACAUACCCGAUGUGAUUGAGGACUUUUUCCGCUUCCUCGCAGACGGAAUCAUGUUCCACCCGGCCAAGAUCAUCAUGUCCUCCCUCCUGCAGCCCAUCAUCGAAGCGUCUCUUGCUGCGCUGGAUCUGCAGCAGACCGAGCCCCUUCUGUCUGUCCUCCAGUUCCUCCGUGACCUCCUCGCAUACGGCCGCGAAGACCCACCCAACUCUAGCUACCAGGACUACCGCAAAACGCCCAUAGAAGUGCGGAACGCAGUGCAAGCAGUGGCGGCUAGCAUGGGACUUAGGAUCACACAGCGAAUCUUGAGCGGACUGAUGUACUCGUUCCCCAGCGACUGCGUCACAGAUUCUUCCGGUGUACUCCUGGAGCUGGUAGAGUUAUGUCCUUUGCAGAUGAUUGAGUGGAUCAAGAGCACAUUGGAGCUUCUACCGCCGGGAAGCGUUAGUCCUGCUGAGGCCCAGAAGUUCCUUAAGGGUAUCGAGGCCGCUGCCAUCAACAAGGAUUGGAACAAGAUUCGCUAUACUCUCCGAGACUUUACUGCUUGGUACCGUCGUAAAAACGUUACGCCGAGAUCACAGCUCACCGGCAUCGCCGGGACUGAGGGCCCGAAGUUCAGGUUUGGUGGCUAGAGACUGACGACAUGAAAGGCACGGAUUUUGUUCGGAAAUUCUUUGCGGGUGCGACAUGGGUAUAAAGUUCUGUAUGCUGUAUACUAGAACGACGGGAUACUUGCGGGCUACUGUUAGGUUGGCUGUUCUGUUUCUUUCCUUUCUCUUCUCGUUCCCUGUCGAUUUUUCGUUAUGUUGUUAUUAUGUCUGUCUUGUCUUUGUCGACGCUUCAGGCUGUGCUGUAGAAACGUGAUGUGGCAUUGAGGGUAUUCUGAGAAACGUAAUGAACAGGCGAUGCUUCUGGAAGUAAAAGCGGUAUAGGGAGACGUUGAUGUUGAACAGAGCGAAAGGGAGAGAGAACAUCAAUUUAUUUCGCAUGCAGCCUUACUAGACUAUGGCGAACCAACUCGAAC